CUGGCUCGGCGCGUGAACGAUGAAGUCGGUCGAUCUAGAAGUUUCUGCUUCUUGAACGGCCAGGUGGAGUUCCGUCUCGGAGAAAUCCCCGACUUUUCCCUACCCUAUACACGAACAGAUUAACAAACAUGGAGAGAGGAUCGCGUGCUCUGCGUCCGGACUCGACCUGCUCCCUCUUCUUAUUCGCCUCUCCUCUCGUCGCUCUCCCCGUAUCGCGUCGUGCGUCUUCUUCCUUCUUGAUCUGUUAGCCGCAGAAGAUGACGUCCGCCGGCUUCCGGUUCACCCUCCCUUCCCCAUCUCUAACCUCUUCGAUCCCCCACGCAAAGCUCAAAUGCCGCACUCCCGCUAUUGCGCUUCUCAACGGCGGGAUCAGCGGAAGAACCACCGGCGGAUUCGAUCCACUCAGGCUUCUGGGUCCACCUCCUCCCGCUGUCGCCAUACCGCCGAUGAGGAGACAACAGACGGAACGCCGUGGCGGCGUCGUCUGCUAUUGUGCGCCGCUCAACCCCCAAACCCUUCAAUGGGUUUCUGCUGUCUCGGUCGCGGUAUUAAUGUUUGCCAAAGGCACAGCUAUCCAGAAAUCAUUUCUUGUCCCUCUUUUUGCUCUGCAAGCACCCACGUCCGUCAUUUCAUGGAUCAAGGGUGACUAUGGUACUUGGACUGCAUUUCUGGCGCUUCUGGUUCGUCUGUUCUAUUUUGUUCCAGGUGGACUUGAGCUACCAUUCCUAGCAAUGUUACUUGUCAUUGUGGCUCCGUACCAAACAAUGAAUUUAAGAGGAACCCAAGCUGGUGCAAUUGUUUCAUUGGCAAUAGCUGGGUACUUGGCAUUUCAACAUUUUUCAAGGGUGGGAGGGUUGCGAAAAGCAUGCGACCAAGGAUCCAUAGUCGCAACUUCAGCUGUCAUAUGUAGCCUCAUCAUUCCUUGGUUCUUCUUGUUCUGAUCUUAUUUGUACAAGAAGUUGUCAAGGAAUCUAGAACUAUAAGAGGCGUCAAAAGGAGCGUGUCACUCUCGUCACCCUCUGGUACAUCUGAAACUUUGGAGAGGUUCGUGACUUUAUGUAGCAAAUAACACCAUCACCAUGGAAGUUUUAGAUAAGUUAUGUGUCUAUAUUCUGGAGAACGUUAAGAAUGUAUGACAUGCUUAAUAUCAAUCAGCAAAGCGUCUAUUGCAUUA